UAGCUGGUGUACAUUACAAGGACUACAAGAGACAAUAUUACCUAGUAGCAUUUCCUCAUCUUCGGGCUUAAUUACACUGCAUUAUCUCCCACAAAAAAAAAUUGGCAUUUCGUCUCUCUCUGGGCUGCUAGAUCUCCAUGGCUACUUCUUUCGCUCCUGUUUCAGUCUCAUCAGGUGGAGGAUCCCAACCUAAGCCACGUGAACUUUGGUCGACAAAAUCCAUUUCAUUUUCCAAAGCACCGAGAUUGGCAAUUGGAAGGAAAUCAAACCUAGUUGGAAGCAGCCCCAAGUUCGCAGUUCGUGCCGAAUACAAUGAUGGUAGUAGGGGCGGUGGCAGUGAUUUUGUUGCUGGUUUUGUUUUAGGAGGUGCUGUAUUUGGAACUUUAGCGUAUAUUUUUGCUCCUCAGAUAAGAAGGUCCCUGCUAAAUGAAGAUGAAUAUGGAUUUCGAAGGGCCAAGCGACCAAUAUAUUAUGAUGAAGGAUUAGAGAAGACUAGGCAGACCUUGAAUGCAAAAAUCAGCCAACUGAAUUCAGCUAUUGACAAAGUAUCUUCUCGUCUGAGAGGUGGUAAUAAUUCACCCCCCGUGCCUCUUGAAGCUGAUCCUGAAGUGGAAGCUACAAUGUGAGAGAUACGGUUCUGUUUGUUUAUAAUAAUCUGAGACCACAAGUUUGAAUAUCAGACAAGUACCCUGUUUUUUUGCCAUUAAUGUUGAUCAAAGGUUGCUUUUGUGAUUGUUUAAAUGAUAAUAUGAACUUUGUAGUUUGCCA